AAGAUAGAGAUAAAGACUAUGUCCAAAAAACUUUUAUUAAUCAAUUCAAAUGUAACUCUUGAUGGUCUGCAUAAUGAAUUGGAAAAUUUUAUAUCAAACUGGGACUCAUUAAAAUUAAAUAUUCAGGACCAGCAUUCUUUACAUUUUAAAACGGAAGGUGGUGCAACUGAAGAAUCGGAGAAAGUCCUAGGAUGCAAUGAGGGAAACAGUCAGUGUAAAAGCUGUAAAAAUUGUGCUUUGUGUUGUUAUUUUAUAAUAUUUAACCUAUAAAUACUUACAUUACCAAUCUCACAAGUAGCUUGUGAAAGAUCAUAUUCUAAGAUAAAAUAUAUU